AUGAAAUCUAUCAUUGUCUUACUCAACUUAAUUAUGAUGGCCACAUGUUUAGAGGCCUAUUGUAUUUAUAAUGAUCUUCCAGAAGGCGGUGGUACUUUCUGGAUAAGACAACAACCCGACAAUGCCGGUGGGCUUUAUACAUCUCGAUUUUCACGUGAGGCGUUAGGUCCAGGAGACAAAGCGUGUUGUCCUUACACUACAUCUGAUUGUGUCAAAUCAACAAACAAAGAAGACAUAGUCUCUUUCACUUUCCGAAGAACUUCUCCGGGUUUAGAGUAUCCUCCUGUGGUUAUAAAUUGUCCUGGUGGUGGGUGGAUUACGAUGGGAGGAGGCAAUGAUCCUGUAUUGGCUACCAUUGAUGUAUUCAACCCAGAUGGCACCCCAUAUAAUUUCCAAUAUAGAGUGGACCAUCAAGCUGGUUACCUUUAA